AUGUCGACCCAGAGCGCUAUCCAAAUUGAGUCCACUGGCGUUGCAAAGCUGGUGCAGAAUGCACCAGUGCCAACGUUGAGAGACGACUAUAUCCUGGUCAAGACAGCGGCGGUUGCCUUGAACCCCACUGACUGGAAGCACAUUGAUUUUUUGGCUUCCAAAGGUGCCAUCGUGGGCUGCGACUACAGCGGUGUGGUUGAGAAGGUGGGGCCGGCAGUGACAAAUUCUCUAAAACCCGGUGACAAGGUCGCUGGUUUCAUCCACGGAAGCAACAGCGAUAACCACGAGGAUGGUGCAUUUGCCGAGCAUAUAGCGGCCAAAGGAGAUCUCCAGAUCAAGAUCCCUGACAACCUGUCCUUUGAAGAGGCCGCUACACUGGGAGUGGGCAUCACCACUGUCGGACAGGGAUUAUACCAGUCCCUAGGACUCCCCUUGCCUACCCAGCCUUCGCAGACUCCAUUCCCAAUCUUGAUUCUGGGUGGCAGCACGGCCACGGGAACGCUAGCUAUCCAAUACGCGAAACUUUCUGGCCUGCAAGUAAUUACCACCUGCUCUCCAUCCAACUUUGAGCUAGUCCGCUCGCGCGGCGCGGACCACGUAUUCGACUAUCGUGACUCGGCGGCCCCCAAAGCUAUCAGGGAACUGACUGAUGACAAGCUGCGCUAUGCGUUUGACACCAUCUCGUCAACAGACACGGCCAAGUUUGCUUCUGAGUCUCUAGGAACCGGUCCCGGAGGCAAAUACAGUUCUCUCAUGCCCAUUGCUGAUUUCCCUCGCAAGGACGUGAGCAAUUCCGGAACUUUAGCCUAUACUGCAAUUGGCGAGACUUUCCAUAAGCGGGGCAAAGAGUUUCCCGCCAGUGCAAAGGAUUACGAGUUUGCUGUCGAGUUCUGGAAGCUGGCUGGGAAGCUGCUGGAGCAAGGAAAGAUGAAGGUGCACCCUCAGACCAUCCGGUCGACCGGACUCGAAGGCGUGCUAGAGGGUGUCGAUGAGCUCCGCCAGGAUAAGGUUUCUGGUACCAAGAUUGUGUACACUCUGUAAAAGAAGUAGAUUGAGUGUCUUGGAAGCCUCUGCUCAUGAGCGUUUCAGUAUGAUUAUACGAGUUGAAAUUGUUUUGCUCUUUUUUUGUGUUUAGCUUGUAACAUAACCAAUCGAG